AUGACAGACUCAGUACGGCUUGAACCAUAUCUUUCGCAAACACGUUUAGCGUCAUCAACCGUAAACGAAAGCACCGAUUCAGUUAGCAUUCAUAGUCUCCAAUCAAUGAAAGAAGCUUUCCUAACACCACUGACAUCAGUAGCCAGAUCAAUCAUUGAUCCAUCCCCCAUAACACAACUGACAUCAGUAGCCAGAUCAAUCAUUGAUCCAUCCCCCAUAACACCACUGACAUCAGUAGCCAGAUCAAUCAUUGAUCCAUCCCCCAUAACACAACUACAACCACCUCCACCAACUGCAGAACCAUGCGAGGUGAGUCUACCUUCCCCCGACUCUUCCUUACGAUCUGCAUUGAUUCGCUUGGAGGUACAUACAGCUUCGUCAGAAUCUUCAUCUUUACCGGAAAUUUCAGCUGAUUCAAAUACAAAUGGAACACCUUCUUUAGAGACUUUAAGUUUAUUUGAACACAGUGAGGACGGUCAACCAAGAUAUCCUAAUACAUCGAGAAUGAGACUACCCAAGAAGAGAACCUCACAACAACAACAACAACAGCAGCCGCAACCACAAAGGCAACCCACCGCUCUGUACUAUACUCAACCCUUCCAGAGACUGGGCCCAGUACGUUCAUCGCAAGAUACAUAUAAUCAAGUUCCAAAACGUUUUUCUCAAUUUGUAAUCGAUCAAAAGAAUCCAUUCUUAGCAACCAGAUUAGACAAUCUAUCAUUCAUUUCACCUAGUGUAAGUAACGAAUAUCGAGUAAUCAAGAAACAUACUGCUGAUACAACUACUCGAGGUUUAGGUGACAAUCACAAGACAAGCUUAGGUCCAAUUGAUGACGCAAGCACUCGAUUACGUGAUAUUUCCGACUCAAUGGGAUCGCAAGCUACUAUAUUCUCAACAAGACAAACACCCGAUUCUGAAGUUAUAUCAUUAAUGAAAUCGAAAUCUAAACGGACAAGAAAACCAUUUUUAUUUAGAAGAACAAAGACUCAACGUACAAGUAAUGUGAAAUUAUAUCGGGUUGCAUCUGCUAAUUCAAGUUUAAUUCGAAGAAAUGCUAUCAAAUUCAAACAAGGUAGUUGGCUUUAUCGUUUGAAAUUAAGACUUAAGAAGAUGUUUCAAAAGAUGAAGUUUUAUAAUUUCAAAGUUUCAUCUAAAAGACACAAUAUCCUUAGAAGAAAGAGUAAGAAAGAAGAAUCCAAGGUGCCACAUAUCUCCAAUCCAAUUACCAAUCCAUUAUUAGGCAAGCAGCCAGUGUUUAAAGUGGUCAGCCUUGAUGACGCAAAGCCAUUCCAACCAGGUUCCAAACCUUCCGAUUUACAUAAUGAGAAAAUAGGCAAACAUCAACAUCUUUCCGAAUACAUUAACGAACAAGAGCAUUCAUAUUUCCAUACCUUGGUAAGUAAACGAGACCUGAUUAGAGUUCCACAAAGUGUAAACAAAUAUCCAGCUGUCAAUACAUCCAAGAUCAAUGAAAUGAGUGAUGAUGAUGAUGAUGAUGAUGAUGAUGAUGCACUUGAAAGUGAAGCACCCUUACCACCUCCACAUUUCGAUACUUCUUAUUUCGAAGAUCCGAAAUCGAAUUAUAACAAAUAUUCAGCUCAAGAAUUAUGGAAGAGUUAUUUGCUUCAAGUAUUAUGCAAACGAAUUCAAUUACGUCAAGAAAUAUCGACAUUCCAACAAUUCCUUGCAUCCAAAAGUGAUGAUUUAGCAAUAAUGUCUCCGGAAUCGACAGAUACCAAUAGACCACCCACUAUUUCUAGCAGUCUUUGUGAUACACCUAUGAGAUUACUCCGAGCACGGGAAUCAAUGAUUGGAGACAGCGGAUUGGGAAGUAGUUGCAUAAGAACAACAACCGAACGAUCCAAAGACGAUAAUGUUAGUUUAUCGUCAAUGUGCACCAUGUCUACAGAUUCUAGUAUUCCUUCUGAUCCAAAUGAUAAGGAAUUUGCAGCCAAGGUAUUACAAAGAAGAUCGAUGUUGGGAGAUAUGUUAGAAUAUCUAUCGGAUGACAAUAUGGAAGAAGAUGAAGAAGAGGAGAUAGGAGAGGACGGUAGUGUUUUUGUUGGAGGAGGAGGGGGAGUUGGUUCGUAUGCCUCGCGUACGAAUUCGAUUUUGUCUAGUAGUAUGCAAUCGGAUAUUCUAUCUAAGACAUAUGGAACAAUUAGUAGAAGUGGAACUACAAGACGGGUUCCAACCAUACGAAGGUCCUAUGGGAUUGCGCAUAGUUUGAGUCAAUUAUCUAUCAACGAAAUAUCAUCAAACGACAUUCAGUUAUGA